AUGUUGGUGCGGAAAACGGCGUCGUAAAAAGGAUGGUUGACAAAAACAGUGUGUCCUUCCUCUUCCUUUGUCCUCGGAGAAGCAAACCAGGAAGGAUGGAGGAGGAAUGUGGAGAUAUACUGAUGUCGACGUUGAUUGAAUCUGGGGUUUCGAUCCCGGGCGAUUUCUCUUCUGUGUCUCAGUUUACAUCGGAGGCUCUGGCGUCGAUCUGCGCUCAGCUGCUUAAUCUCAUUGACCCAUCGGCGGCGAGUGAGAUGAUACGAGUAGUAGAUUCUCUUCCGGAUAUAGCUCACUCCGUCAAGAACCUUGGCUACAUGGGCGACAUUAGUCAUCAUAAGUUUCUGCAUCCCUCUCAAGAUGACUCUUUUAGGUUGGUUAGUUUCUUACUUGAGAGGCUUUCCGAGAAAAAACAAGGAAUCAAAACUUCUCCGGCUGCUGAUGAUAUAGCUUGCAGGCCAAAAGUGGAGAAUUUCAGAGAUAUUUCAGAUCACAGAAUGGUGAAGCUGAAGGAGGAGGAGGACAAUGAUGAGACUUUUGAUAUGCAUAUACACAAGGUUGAGGCUGUCCUUAAAGAUCUUACCAUGACUCCUGAUAUCUCUCCUUCUCAUGCUGAAAAUGCUUCAGCAGAUGGUUCUACCCUUCCUAAUCAACCGUCAUCUGGAUAUGAAGAACAUUCUUCGAUAGACCCCUCUGAGACAACUAAUGAGACUGUUGAGUUACAAAAUCAACAUAAUCUACUCUUGGGCGAACUAGAAUCUGGAUCUUCAGAGCUACGCAGUCUUGACUGUCAGUUGGAGUUGUUGACGAUGGCUGCCGAGACGUUAUUGGAUGAAAAACAGCCUGGUGGGUUAUAUCUCCAACAGCUUAAUCAACAACUAGUGCUCAAAAGGUGCAAUAUCAUGGAUCUCAAAAAGCAGUGGGACGAUGUAAGGCUGACUUUGGAAGCUAAAAAGCUAUGUCUUUUGGACCAACUUCAUGUGGAGGAGCCAGAGGCCAAAGAGAAAUUCCAUAAGUUGAAAAAGAUUGAAUUUGAUUUACAGUCUCUCUCAUCAGAAACUCAAAAGAGGGAAGAGGAACGAUGUAAUCUAUACAGUGAACUUGAGAGGCAGCCAAAAGCAGCGUCACGGAAGUCUUAUAUCCAUGGGAUUAAAGAAAUAACGAAAAACAGCCGCAAACUGGAUAGUGAUAUUCAGAGGAUUUCAGGGGAGACUAGGGAGCUACAAUUAGAGAGUAACUCCAUCCAAGAACGUUUGCACCGAUCAUAUGCGGUUGUUGAUGAGAUGGUUACAAGGGAACUGAAGAAGGAUCCAUCCAUACGACAGGUCUACAAGCUAGUGACCAGUAUCCACGGUAUUUUUGGGCAAAUAUCUGAAAAGAUCCUCAUGACUGAUCGGUUAAGAAGAGAAGCAGUUGACUAUGAGAAGAAGCUGGGUUCCAUAGCAAGUCGGGGCUCGAGUCUGGAGAAAUUACAAGCCGACCUCGAUGCCAUCAGGCAAGAGAACCAAAGUCUUGAGAAACAACUAAAAUAAUGUACUUUAUAAAUUACCGAACGGGAAUAUAAACUGUGUAGAGUAUUCGAUUUUAUCAGAGACAUCUGUUGUGCUUUCAGGCAGUGUUUGUUUCAUAGAGCAGAGUGGUUUUUUUCUUUCUGAAUACAGAAGAAAAAACAAAAGCUGAUUCAGCCAAGUCGUAUCUGA